AUGUCGAGGCGCGACGCCGUCGGCGGCGGCGAUGCCGGCUUCUGCCCUGAUGACGGCGAGUCGUCGCCGGCCGUGAGCAGCAAGGCGGUGGUGGAGGAGCUGUACCGAGCGCUGGAGCGCGGCGACGUGGACGCCGUGCGCCGGCUGCUGAACCCGGACGUGGACUGGUGGUUCCACGGCCCGCGCGCGCACCAGCACCUGGUGCUCAUGCGCCUGCUCACCGGCGCCGGCGGCGCCAGCGGCCUCCCGUUCAAGAUCCGGUCCCUGGACGCCUUCGGGCCGACCGUGCUGGCCGAGGGCACCGACGCGACGGGCGCGCUCUACUGGGUGCACGCGUGGACCGUGGGCCCCGGAGGCCGCGUCACCGAGGUGCGCGAGUACUGCAACACCGCGCUCGUCGUGACGAGGCUCGGCGGAGGUGGCGGUGGCGCCGACGCCGCGGCUGCGGCGGCGGAGGAGGCAAAGGCGACGUUCUCGCGGUCCCCGUCAAAGCAGGUGUGGCAGAGCCGGCUGCUACCCGACCGGGCUCGCAGGAACCUCCCUGGCCUCGUGCUUGCCAUCUGA